CAAUCGCAGCGCGGUGCGUCGCGGGCGGGGCGCGUCCCGGCGGAGCGGCAGCAUGGAGGGCCGGGUGCCGUACGACGACUUCCCGGUGGUUUUCCUGCCGCCCUACGAGAGCCCGCCCGCCUGGGUCCCGCCGCACGAGCGCGUGUAUCACCCCGACUACAACAACGAGCUCACGCAGUUCCUGCCCCGCACCAUCGUGCUCAAGAAGCCGCCCGGAGCGCAGCUGGGCUUCAACAUCCGCGGAGGAAAAGCCUCGCAGCUGGGAAUCUUCAUCUCCAAGGUUAUUCCCGACUCGGAUGCUCACAGGGCCGGGCUGCAGGAGGGGGAYCAGGUGCUCUCGGUGAACGAUGUGGAUUUCCAGGACAUUGAGCACAGCAAGGCAGUGGAGAUCCUGAAGACAGCACGGGAGAUCACRAUGCGUGUCCGGUACUUCCCCUACAAUUACCAGCGGCAGAAGGAACGGACUGUUCACUAACARGGAGCUUCAUCCUGCAAAAACCUCUCCACUCCUUUUUCCCAACGUCUGAAAUGACACCUCACRGUUCAGCUUUCACUGGAGGCACCACUGUCCUGCACAGGAUCAGCUCUUUCCCACGUGGAGAGAUGCCAAGGGGCUCAUUGGGCUGGAAGAUGGAUGGGGAUUGAGGCUGUGCUCCUGGGAAUGGGUGUUGGAAAAAGCUGAAGUGGGUCCUGGUGGGCAGCAGGUUUUAGCAAGACUUAAGUGAGUUCUGGGCUUGUUCUGGAUCCCCUGAUCCUGGAUCCUUGGUUGUUGAGCAUUCCUGAGCAGAGCACAGGCCUUGUCCUCUAAGAAAUCCACYCGUUCUGCUCUGUUGUGUUAUGGAAUUCUUUCAUUCUCCUCUGUCCCACCUCUGCUCUGCACUGCUGGGUUUGCUUGGAACUCCAGGAGUAAAAUCCACCCUCAUCUGUGCCCAGCUCUGGCUGUUUGUGCCUCUGUGCUGAAAAAAAACCCCAYGAUACAGGGCUGGGAAGUUUGGAAAAGUUAAUCACCACGGAAGCAUGUUGAUUAUUGGCAAAUCCAUGUGCAAAUUCCGGGUGGGAUCACCUUGUAGUGGCUUCAGGACAGCCUUGGCUCUGGCCUUCUCUUCCUUGCGGUAUUUUCCACUUUUUUUUCUGUAAAAACAAUCAAUAAAUCGAAUACAACAACCUGAA